AAUUACCGGAUUUAUAUGAGCCUGGCAACCGCGACGAUUGCUGUUGACUUCAGUUGCUCUGGUUCUCGUUGUUCGUGUUGCUGUUGUUGCCGUUGUUGUCGCCGCUGCUACUGCUGCUUUCGUCGUUUCCCACUUUCCUGCCCCGGUUGUUAUGUCGGAAUACAGCGACUUAGAUCGCCAGAUCGAACAGCUUAAACGCUGUGAGAUCAUUAAAGAGAACGAGGUGAAAGGAUUGUGCGCUAAGGCGCGGGAAAUCCUUGUCGAGGAGGGAAACGUACAACGCGUCGAUUCCCCGGUAACCGUGUGUGGUGACAUACACGGGCAGUUCUACGACCUGAAGGAGCUCUUCAAAGUGGGCGGCGAUGUGCCCGAGAAGAACUAUCUGUUCAUGGGCGACUUUGUGGAUCGAGGUUAUUACAGUGUUGAGACAUUCCUGCUGCUGUUGGCAUUGAAGGUUCGGUACCCGGAUCGAAUCACGCUAAUACGGGGCAAUCACGAAUCUCGACAGAUAACCCAGGUGUAUGGAUUCUACGAUGAGUGCCUGCGUAAAUAUGGAUCGACAGCUGUUUGGCGAUAUUGCACAGAGAUAUUUGACUACCUCAGCCUCUCCGCAAUCAUUGAUGGAAAAAUCUUUUGCGUACAUGGCGGCCUCUCACCCUCUAUUCAGUAUUUAGACCAGAUACGAAGCAUCGAUCGCAAACAGGAGGUGCCGCACGAUGGCCCCAUGUGCGAUCUGCUGUGGAGCGAUCCCGAGGAUCAGACCGGAUGGGGUGUAUCGCCUCGCGGCGCCGGCUAUCUCUUUGGCUCCGAUGUCGUCUCACAAUUCAACCGCACCAAUGAAAUCGACAUGAUCUGUCGCGCACAUCAGCUGGUCAUGGAAGGCUUCAAGUGGCACUUCAAUGAAACGGUACUCACGGUCUGGUCAGCACCAAACUAUUGCUAUCGCUGCGGGAAUGUGGCAGCCAUAUUGGAAUUAAACGAGUACCUGCAUCGUGACUUUGUUAUCUUUGAGGCGGCACCGCAGGAGAGCCGCGGCAUACCAUCCAAAAAGCCUCAGGCUGACUACUUUCUUUAAACUAUUAAAUAUAGAAACUAAG